AUGAAGCCGAAUUAUAAAGAACCAAAAUUUAAUGCACCCCAUAGAGUAUCACCACAACAGCGUCAAGAAUUAGAAAGUCAAAUUGACAAACUUUUAAAAGCAAACAUCGUCAAACCAGUAGUUUCAAAAUUUGCCGCCCCAGCUUUCCUUGUAAAGAAAAAAGAGAUAGGCUCUGGGCUCAUAUCGUUUAGUAGUAUCCUACAUAAAGAACUUAAUGACAGAGUAGAAUGCGAUCAAUAUCCAUUACCUCGUACUGCAGAUUUAUUCAGAGCUUUAGAAGGAUCAAAAUACUUCAGUUCUUUAGAUUUAAAUAGUGGUUAUUUUCAAAUUUCUGUUGAAGAGAAAGACCAGUACAAACUUGCAUUCACUUCUGCAUUAGGCUUAUUAACUUUUACGAGACUUCCACAAGGCUUCAAAAAUAGUAGUGCUAUAUUCCAGAGAGAAUUAAAUAAAUCAUUUUCACAUAUUUUAUACAAAUCUAUUAUAAUUUACAUUGAUGAUUUAGUAUCCUAUGGCAGUAACUUUGAUCAGGCGAUAAUUAACUUACGCGUAGCAUUUGAAAUCAUUGACAAAACGAAUUUUUCAUUGAAAACAAAAAAAUGUAAUUUUUUUUUACGAUAA